AUGUCGGUAAUUGAAAAUCUGAAAGAUCAGCUGCAAACCAUCUACGAUGAACUGCCACAAUGGGGUAAAGUGGCUACAGCUGGGGUGCUUGCGCUGACCGUCUACGUUCCAUACAAAUACUACUGUUCACUUCCAAGAAAGGCACCUAUAAAAACCGAUUUCAAGCCAGGCAUUGUAUACUUAUAUCAGUUUCCACGUUCUAAAGGUAUCCCAAGUCUUUCACCGUUCUGCCUCAAGUUGGAAACCUGGUUAAGAAUGGCUGAUAUACCAUACGAGAACGUACCCUGUGGAUAUAAUACGCGCUCAUGUGAAGGAACACUGCCGUUCGUUGAGUUAGAUGGGAAGGAACAUCCAGAUUCAUCUCUUGCUAUACGUGAUCUAACAGAGGCAUUCUCGAAAGAAUCAAUGGAAGGUCACCUGAAUGAGGAACAGCGUGCAACUUCACGCGCGUUUAUAGCGAUGACCGAAUUAUCAUUGCUGCAAUCACUUACCCGUAUUCGAGUUGUUGAAAAAUUGGGUGAGAUGACAAAGCAAUUGCCAGAUAAAGCGUUCGGAAUAUUGACACCUUUCUGGAUAUGGUUCUAUAAGCAAUUUAUGGGACCUAAGAUGCGCGAUGUACUGAAAGUGAUUGGUAUCGGAAGACACAGUCGUGAUGAGAUCAUAUACAUUGGUAACGAGGAUCUGAGAGCAAUCUCGCAUUACCUUGGCAGUAAGCACUACUUCACUGGAUUUAAACCAACUCGGGUUGAUGCGGCUCUGUUCGGUGUUCUCGCACAAAUUGUUUACGCACCAUAUGAUUUACCUCAGAAAACACUCAUUAUGGACGAAUUACCGAAACUCAAGGAGUAUUGUGAUCGUAUCAAAGGAAGAUAUUGGCCUGACUGGGAGGAAUGUACGACCAAAUUUACGAUCAGCUCUGAUUGGAAGAAGAAGGUAUGA